CCAGGCUGUCUCUGCCUUUUUCACAGUGGUGUCCCUACUCCCAGAAGAGCACUUUACACAAAGUAGGUGCUCAAUAGGCAAAUAUGUUUAAGAUUUAAUAUUAAGCUGAAUUAGGAAAGUUAAACUCUGUUCCCGAAAGAAAAUUCUUGUUCCCGAAGUCCAUGCUAUCAAUACCAGAAGUGUGUGAAAUCUGAAAGCUGAGAGGGGAGGGCAGCAUCAGGGACCACAAAGUUGACAAGUUGCCGACAUGGUAGCUAAUCAUGACCUUAUGGGUGAAAAGUAAGCAUAGGAAGAAACAUACUUACUGGCUUGUUAUGAAAGCAAUUUGUGUGAAAUGGUAAGAUGUUCUUUGUUUUAGCUGGCUUCAUGAUCAUGGAAAGAGUCAACCAAACCAGCAGUGUUUCUGAGUUCAUCCUCCUGGGACUCUCCUCCCAGCCUCAAGACCAGAAGCCACUCUUUAUCCUCUUCCUCACCAUGUACCUGGUCACCAUAACAGGGAACCUGCUCAUCAUCCUCGCCAUCCACUCUGACCCCCAGCUCCAGACCCCCAUGUAUUUCUUCCUGAGUUUCCUGUCCUUCACUGACAUUUGCUUUACAACAACCAUUGUCCCUAGGAUGCUAGUGAACUUCCUGUCAGAGAAGACCAUCUCCUAUGCUGAGUGUCUGACACAGAUGUAUUUUAUUUACGUUCUAGCCAACACUGACAGCUUCCUCUUGGUGGUCAUGGCCUUUGACCGCUAUGUGGCCAUCUGUGACCCCUUCCACUAUGUCACCACCAUGAACCACCACCGCUGUGUCCUGCUGGUGGUCUUUUCCUGCUCAUUUCCUCACUUCCACUCACUCCUACACACACUGCUACUGAAUCGUCUCACCUUCUGUGACAACAAUGUUAUCCAUCACUUCCUCUGUGACAUCAACCCUCUGCUGAAAUUGUCCUGCUCCUCCACAUUUCUCAAUGAAAUUGUGAUAAUGUCAGAAGGUUCUGUUGUUUUGGUGACCCCCUUUGUGUGCAUCACCUUCUCUUAUAUACGAAUCCUCAUCACAGUUCUCAAGAUCCCCUCAGCUGCUGGGAAACGCAAAGCCUUCUCCACCUGUGGCUCUCACCUCACUGUGGUAACCCUCUUUUAUGGAAGCAUCUUCUACGUCUAUUUACAGCCCCUGUCCAACUACACUGUGAGAGAUCGUGUGGCAACACUUGUCUACACAGUUCUUACCUCCAUGCUGAACCCUUUUAUCUAUAGCCUGAGAAACAAAGACCUGAAACAGGGCCUGAGGAAACUGAUGGGCAGGAGGAAGUCCUAGCCAGAACCUCUGGGAGCAUGUUCAUGAGUGUCUCUUCUCCUUUGGACCCUGUUUCUGCUGCUCAGCAGGGAUAAUUCAUAUGUGUCAUGGAUGUUGGAUUGUAUCCAUUUCUUUGCAUAUGCAACCAUCUUCCAUUGAGAUCAUUAUAAUUCAAUAAUUGGCUCAAGGUCUACCAAAAUCUUGGCUUCCAGUUUUCACAUUUCUACCUCUCUCUACUUCCUCUUCUCCAGGAAACAAUAUCUUUUUUCAUUCCCUUUAAGUACAGUUGAAACCUGUUUCCACAUAAAUUCCUGGAACUAAUUCAUAACGGUUCAAGGACUUUGAUUCCCUUAGUAUCCUUCUUACUUUAAUGAACUUCUGUAAUCAGUUUUGCUAGCUUUUUGAAAAUAAUUACAGUAAUUUAGGGAGAGAAAGAGAGAGAGAUACAGAGAUAGAUUGAA